UAUCCUCUCUCUCUCUUGCCACCUCUUAAAACCUCAUUCUUUCCCCCACCGUCCCGUCGAUCUGCCCUUUUUCGAUGAUGUUUAACCCUAUUUUCAUUCGAUCGGCAUGAGGCUUUCGGGUUUCAAUUUCCUCUGGGUGAAUCUUCUUCGUCGCUCCAUUUUCUUCUCGUAAUUUUCCUGAAAUCAGACCUUGCGGAUGGAUCUCUUCACUGGACAAAUUCGCGAUCUAUUGCUUUCUAAAGUUCCAUCCCUUGCUGCGAUUCUCUUCUGAAUCGCACAAAAUGGCUCAGGAAAGUUGCGAUCUAGACAAAGAAGAGGCUGAAGUUCUCAAACCCCCUUCUCCUUCUCAUCCUCCAUCUCCUCCUACCUCAUCUUCCCCUUCUCCUGCUCUUCCUCCCCCUUCUCCUUCACCUCCUCCUCUUUUCCUGGAUCAGCCCAACUCAAUCACCGCUGAAGAACUGAAACCACCGGCCUCCAAGCUUGUUGACGAAUCUCUGCCGUCCAUUCGCCCUAUCAACCGAUGCUCUUGCUGCUGUAAAAAAGUCGGCCUCGCCGGAUUCCGGUGCAGGUGCGGCGAACUCUUUUGCUCCCGCCACCGGUAUUCCGAAACCCACGACUGCUCCUUCGACUACAAAGCUGCUGGAAGGGAGAAGAUCAUGAAGGCCAACCCAGUCGUUAGAGCUGCCAAAAUCAUCAAGAUCUAAAGUUUUUAGAUCGAUCGACAUCCUCUUUCCUGUUGUAAGUUCUGUUUCAGCAUCUUCUGUUCUGUUUGGCUUUCCGAUUUCCUCCUGGAAAUCUAGAUCAUUGAACUGUCCUAUAAUUGUGUUACAUAUCUUCUUGUAUAAUUUUAUCUUUGUUAUAUUUGUAGGUUUUCUGCU